AUGAUAUACACGGGGGGCACUGUGGGCAUGCAACCGGGCAGCGAUGGGUCGCUCCGCCCAGUUCCGGGAUUCCUCACGGAGAAGAUUUCCCAUCUCGAGGAGCUGAAGCGGCCAGGCAUGCCCGACUGCACGGUCGUGGAGUGGGAGGAGCUCCUGGAUAGCUCGGACAUAACGCCGGAGCAUUGGGCUAAGAUGGCAGAGAGCAUAGAGAACAACUAUUAUGACUAUGAUGGCUUCGUCAUCGUGCAUGGCACCGACACUAUGGCCUAUACAGCAGGAGCGCUAUCCUUCAUGUUGGCCAACCUUGCCAAGACUGUGGUCCUCACCGGUUCUAUCCUGCCCUUUGGGGAACCACACAGUGACGCUAGGAGGAACAUCAUAGUGUCCACUCUCAUUGCUGGUAGUCUUUGUAAUAUCCCUGAGGUAUGCGUCUUCUUUAACACCUACCUCCUCAGAGGGUGUCGUUCCGUGAAGGUCGAUAGUGGUUCGAUAGAAGCAUUUGAGUCGCCGAACUUCCCGCCGUUGGCAACUUUAGGAGUCGGCAUUCAUUUCAACUAUCACCUGCUUCUGCCCGCUCCCAAGGGUCGUUUUCAUGUUCACACUUGUAUGGAAAACUCAAUACUGGUCAUCAGGAUGGUGCCUGGGUUCGCCGAUCUAGAGUCACUGAAGGCUAGUGCUGUGAAAGGUGUGGUACUAUCUCUUUAUGGUACGGGCAACGCUCCGGCCAAGCAACAGGAUUUCAUCGACUGGCUUAGGAGGUUCAACGAGAGAGGCACAGCGGUGGUAGCUGUGUCGCAGUGUUUAAAGGGCCGAGUAGAAUUGAAUGCCUAUGCUGUGGGUGCUCAAUUGAUCUCGGUUGGAGUGAUCAGUGCGGGGGAUAUGACCGUCGAGGCGGCUGUCACCAAACUGAGCUACCUCCUGGGAAGAGGGUUACCAUUACAGCAAAUACGGCGAGCGUUUGAGGUGUCCCUUAGGGGGGAAGUUACAGAGAGUAAUGCUGAUGAGGACAUCUUCCGUGGAUUUGCAGGAGUCGUCUCCAAGCUGUGA